AAGCUGCUCGCUUGUGCCCUCACCUUCCUGCGUGUCCCGGCGUUUGAAACCCAAACACAAGAAAGAGGAAGACUUCAUAGCGCGCUCAUGGGAGAACGCAGUAUUUUUUUCAGUCCUGCACGUCGCACGAUGGCUUAUAUAUGAGGAGGACAGUUUGGGAUGCGGGCAUAAACAAACGUCUCCACGGACAGAAGCGCACGAGAAAACAUAACUCUGUCCUUUCCGACACCGAGAAGGACUCCUCCCCGCCUCGACCGUGUCACACCCGGUAAAUCGCCACGAAAGGAUAACAUUCUUUUUUACGCUGGAAACAGAAGACCGAAUCCAACAUUCCCAUUCAUUUCGCAGUGACUGGCUGACUGUAUGGCUUUAAAAAGUUGCCUGGAAAACAUGAACAUCUGACGUGCGUCUUACAGCGUCACCGGACACAUUGAUCCCCCCUCUCUUUUUUCUCCAUCAUAUCUUGGGCUGACUAAUCCCCUGCGCUUUCUGUUUGGAGUAAGAAUAAGUGUUGAGCAGUUGUCAUUUGCCCUGACACAGGCUACAUCCAGUAGCUCCCUGCAGAGGGGAACACGAUCACACCACAGAAGACACUGCCUGUUGUGCUGCGCUUUCGUGCCUGUAUUUGCUGAUCACUGUUUGUGCAGUAGAUGGAGAGAUAUUUUGUCACCCUGAUACGGAUUUGUUAGAGUUGCCAACCUUCAAAUAAAGCUUAUGAUUCAUCUGGACUUUCGCUCUGCGUCAGAGAGAAACGUGUCGCUUUUCUAACUUCACGUUUCCAUCGACCUGAACAAGUGCCGUCCGAAGUGUCAUUAAUGGUUUCCCCGUCGUUUUCUAUGUUGUGCGCAUUUGUAUUUGUUUAGUAUUCACAAACUGCGCCAGAAACACGCGGCCACAUGUGAAUGAGACUCAUCACCUGUCCCGGUUGAAACGCCCGUGCAAGUUGACUGACUGACCCAAGCUGAAGAGGAAUACGUGCCGAAGUUUUGCUGUAGUGAUGCUGCAAGUGGAAAUGGUUCUGUUCGUCUGCUUGGUGCUGUUGAUGUGUGUAUUUAGCCAGGAGCCAAGCUCCAAAGUGGUGGCCGACCGCUACGCUGUCUUCUGGAACCGAACCAACAGCAAGUUCCACCGUGGGGAUUACCACAUCGAUGUGUGCAUAAAUGACUACCUUGAUGUCUACUGUCCUCACUAUGAAGACACAGUGCCUGAGGAACGGACAGAGCGCUACGUCCUCUACAUGGUCAACUAUGAUGGCUACAGCACAUGCGACCACACUUCCAAGGGCUUUAAACGCUGGGAAUGCAACAGGCCGCACUCUCCCAACGGGCCACUUAAGUUUUCAGAGAAGUUCCAGCUCUUCACUCCCUUCUCUUUGGGCUUUGAGUUCAGACCAGGCAGAGAAUACUACUACAUCUCCUCCACCAUUGCUGAAAAUGGGAGAAAAACCUGCCUGAAGCUCAAAGUUUUUGUCCGACCAGCAAACAGCUGUGUGAAAACUAUAGGUGUACAUGACCGCGUUUUUGAUGUAAACGACAAAGUAGACAAUACAUUAGAACCACGAGAUGAUACCAGCCAUGAACCGGCUGAGCCUUCACGGAGUGAAACAAAUGCCGUUCCACGCCUCCAGAAAACAAGUCCACUUCUGGCUUCAAUGCUGGUCUGCCUAGCAGCACUCUCCACUUUAUAGCGCCUCCCUCUCUCCUGGAGGUCAUUUACACCUAGCGUGGCCUGAAUCUGCCCAAGGCUGCAGGGUAGGGGGUGGGAUUUGGGUGGAUUGCAUUUUGCUUGUUUGGGCAUAAAAGCAGGCUUCUCAAGGAACCCUCUAUAUUUUUUUCAGAAAAAAAAAAAAAUAUUUAAGUGGUCUUUCUCCGUCUGUGAGUGAACAAAGUUGAUGUUAGAAGUGGGAGAAACAGUUCGCCCUCUUAAACUUUCAACUAAGAUGCCAAAUCCUGUUUGACACAUAGUGAUUCUUACUUUCCCGUGACUUUUGAUAUCCCUUUACAUUAUGUUUCUGCCAUUGCAACACUGUUUACACACACACACACACACGAACACACACACUUUACGUCACACAGACGGCACCGCAGUCAAAUACAAAAAUUGUUCACAUCAACAUUCACUAGAAGUAGAGUUUUUACACAGUAGCAGUUCUACUUAGUAGGACAGUGAAGAUUCUAGGUCUUAGAAAUGACUGUACAUACACAAACAGAUAAUCCCGAGACCUCUCAAGAAGCCUUUCAGAAUAUAUUUCGAUUGUUCUGCUGGAUCAUUGAGAACCACAUUUUUGCAACUCUGUUUUUCUAGAGUUAAUUUCAUGCGAGUAUGAAUAAUGUCUAAAGAUGUAGGAGAAGAAGUGUUGUGUUUCAAGCAGGAGUCAGACUAUAAAACCUUAGCACUGAAAAAUACAUGCCUGGCAUGCACCUUAGCCCACAGAUCUUCACACUGUCAUGAUUCAAAGACAGUCUGAAGAUCAUUUAUCAUUGAGUGUCCAAUCGCCCUUGAAUAAAGUAUUUAUGUAUUUUGGAUAAGCUACUUAAAAGGUUUAGUGAGUGAGUGAGUCAGUGAGUGAGUAAGUAAAGGUAAAACAUAAGGAAGUCUGCUCAAUAAAACACCUCUCCAAGCAUCACUCCGGCCUAACAAAGCAACUAAAUUGAAACUUUCUCACCAGACACUUUUUUUUUUUGUUUUUUUGGACUGCUAUCAGGAUAAAAAAAAAUCAAUACCUUCUCAAAGAUGAUCACACAAUUUCACAGCAACAGUCACAAUCAUUUUAUACAAUGUUUACUGAGCUGGGCAGCAAUUUGUUCUCUCUAUUCUGUUUGAGAAUUAGUCAAUAUUAACACUCCCAUAAACAUUUGCUUCCACAGCUUUUAUUCCCCUCUCUAUUGACUGAUAAAAGAAUUGUUUGAAAAUGAUUUACAGCAUUACUUUUUUCAUAUCUGUAUUAUAAUAAUAAUACAGCUACUGAAACGUUAGGAUUUUGUAGUUUGACAUCAACAUGAAUAGGAAAAGUCUUGAGAAACAUUUUAUAAUAGUGCCAUACUUUUUUCUUGGAUCCCUGCCCCAUUAAUAUAAUAACUCUAUUGUUUAAGGUAUGGUUACGUAAAAGUUUGAUGCUUCUUAGAACCAAUUCAUUGCAUUAGUCAACUAAUGCAUAGCUUGUGUUUGCUGUGUGAACAACAACAACAGCAAAAUUCCAUUAAAUUCAAGGCAAUGCACCACUCUAUUUAGUCUGGCCAGGUUUGUGUUAGCACUUAAAUUGAAAAGAAUUCACUGUGAAAUAAUGAUAUUUAGCUUCCCUCAACUCCCACAGAUGCACAGUGGUGAGUUAGCAUAACAAGGCUUUUGUGUCUUUUUUUUUCAGACUGACUUAUUUCUAUAGCUUUUAAAGAAGUCUGAACACACAGAAAACUUGCUGAAACUGACUUCCCUUCAGAGCCAGGUUAUUGUACAAGAAAGAGGGCACCGAUUGGUUUGGGGAAAAAACAGAUUGAAAGUGAGAAAAAGAGUAAGAAAAGGAGCACGGGAGCAAUUGCGUGUCCACCUUCAGCUCCUUGUGUUACUGGCUUAAGUGACUCUUUAAUGAGGUUCAAAAUGACAGGCAUGUGGACCCCAUGUUGUGGCAAGGGGAGUUAUUUCUGGUAUUAAAAAUAGAUGCUGGAAG